GUUUAAAUGAAGAAAGCGCACUGGUUGGUGCUAUUUCCCUGUGAAUGUCCGCUUGGACCAAGGGGUUAACUUCGCCUCAUCUAUCUCGUCAUCGUUUGUACAAAAAGCCUGACUUCCCACAACUCUCCACCGGGGUCCUCCACGAGUCACCAAUAUUUGCUUCACAACCACACAUCACAGCCGGAGACUGCUCCGUUGACCAAUCAUUUCCAUUUUUCUUGCCUCACUACCAACUUCGUUCCUUACGAAUUUUCUUGCCAUCUCUGUCUCUGUCUGUCUCUCUCAUCCGACUCGUGCAAUUGCGUUGGCCUUCACGCUUGCUAGUAAGCGUAUCCUAUCCCGACGACAACUUCACUUCUUACUACACCUAUCUUUUUGUUUGUUGUACUGCUCUGCGAUGAACGAGAAACGGCGCAACACGGAUGUGCCAGAGUCUGAGAAGCUGACCCAAUUCGACAUCUUCAAAUCCAACUACGAUAUCAACUGGCGCCAUGUCCCCGUCAUUCUUGGUGUGCCCAUGCUGGCCCUGCUGGGAGCGUUGACGACAGAACUCACACGACCGACUCUGAUAUGGUCCAUAAUCUUCUACUUCUUGACAGGUUUCGGCAUCACGGCAGGCUAUCAUCGUCUUUGGUGCCAUCGCACGUUCGUGGCUUCGCUGCCCCUUCAGGUGUUCCUACUCGUCUGUGCCACUGCCUCGAUUCAGGGAUCGGUCAUCUGGUGGUGCACGGGCCAUCGCCUUCAUCAUCGAUACACAGACACGAGUAAGGACCCCUACAGUGUCCACAGAGGCCUGCUUUGGAGCCACAUUGGAUGGCUCCUGGUCAUCGAGCACGAUCUUCCGAAAGGUGAAGUGGAUGUGUCUGAUCUGACCAAAGACCCGUUGCUCAUAUGGCAGGACAAGGAGUUUGACUGGUUUAGCCCUGUCUGUGCCCUCCUGCUUCCCACCGUGGUUGCUGGCCUGGGAUGGGGCGACUGGCGAGGCGGCUUUGUCUAUGCGGCGGUCGUGAGACUUGUGUUUGUUCACCACGCCACCUUUAGCGUCAACUCCAUCGCCCACUAUCUCGGUGAUCGACCUUACGACAACAAAUCUGCUGGAGACUCGACCAUCACUGCUUUGGCGACGCUGGGGGAGGGCAACCACUGUUUCCACCACGCGUAUCCCACAGACUACCGCAACGGUAUCAGAUGGUACCAGUACGACCCGACCAAGUGGAUCAUUGCCCUCUACGGAGCUCUGGGCAUCGCUACUGACCUCAACACGUUCAAUGACAACGAAAUUCAGAAAGGUAUGAUUCAAACCUCGCAACGCAGAUUGGACGACUGGAAUGAGACCAUCAACUGGGGUCGAUCGCUACGCGAUCUGCCAGUCAUUGAUAUGGAUGAUUUCCGGGCAUCAGCCAAGGCGGGUCGGCCGCUAAUUCUCAUCAGCGGCAUCAUUUACGACGUUACCGAUUGGGUUGCCAAGCACCCUGGUGGGAAAAAAAUCAUCAAGUCGGCCAUAGGCAAGGAUGCUACAGCUAUGUUCAAUGGCGGAGUGUACAACCACUCUCGAGUCGCCAGGAAUCUCCUUGACAACAUGAGAGUGGGUAUUGUGCGCGGCGGCAUGGAGGUGCAGAUUUUUAGCAAGCAAGAUGUGCUCAUCAAGGGUGAGACAACUACCAUUGUUGAGGUGGCAGAGUGUACAGGUGACACUACUACCGGAAAAGGCACGGGUUUUACACGAUAAAAGGUUUGGGUUAACAUACAUGCGGUAAUGGGCUUUGGAAAAACUUCGAGUAUUGGUUUUAAUCAUGAAGUAAUAUACGUUUCAGUGGCAAUUGCGAUCGUAAUUGAAUGAUCGUACCACAAUGUUUAACCCAUAAGAAUCAUUCAAAGCUAAAGCAGUG